AUGGAUACAUCUUCUUCUCCAUAUGCAUUCAUCUUUGCAUGUUUGCUAUGCACAAUGAUGUUUCAUGCUGGCACUUGCAACUUCAAUAAUCGCUGCAGCAAAAAAGAUACACAAACUCUCUUAAACUUCAAGAAAGGAGUCAUGGAUCCAUCAGGCGUACUUUCUUCAUGGUCCACUCAACAAGAUUGUUGUGAAUGGAGAGGAGUUAAGUGUGACACAAUCAACAGUAGAGUCACUCAGCUCAGUCUCCCAUGUUCUACAAGUCUUCCUAAUUAUAUUGAAAAAGAAGAUAAAUCACACUGCCUCACAGGUACCUUUUCCCUUUCCCUGUUAAUGGAGUUGGAAUUUCUAAACUACUUGGAUUUGAGAAAUAACGACUUCUUAGCUAUCCAGUUUGAUUCUGUGCAUAAUCAGAAUUAUUAUAACCUAUCUGUAUCUAUCCGUCCUCGGCAAUAUCUCAACUCAUCAACUCUUCGUCAUCUUGAUCUGGCUCUUAACGAGAAUCUUGUCAUAAAUAGUCUUCAAUUUCUUUUUCGCAUCCCCUCCUUGGAAUAUCUUCAGAUCAGUUUCGUUGAUCUUCACAUGGAAACUAACUGGCUUCAAAUAGUCACCACGCUACCAUUGCUUUCAGAGCUCUACAUGAGUUAUUGCCAACUUAAAGAUUUGAGUCCAUCUCUUCAACAUGCUAAUUUUACUGCACUCAAAAUUCUUGAUCUAUCAGGAAAUAAAUUUCACUCAGAGUUGCCUAAAUGGUUAUUCAAUCUUAGUUGUGGUCUCUCUGAUGUUUUUCUUGGGUCAUGUUCUUUAACAGGACAACUUCCUAAGGUAUUGUUAAAUCUUCAACAUUUGGAAGACCUGCAUUUGGAAAACAAUGACCUCAAUGGAUCAAUACCAGAUUGCAUAGGUGAACUUGACCAUCUACAAUAUCUUUUUCUCGGAGGAAACAUGUUUUCUGGAUUUAUUCCCAAAAGUUUGGGAAAUCUAUCAUCCUUAACUUACUUGAAUGUUGAGUCCAAUCAAUUCACAGGAGUUGUGUCAGAGAGAAAUUUUGCCAAAAUGUCAAAAUUAAAGAACUUGGAUAUAUACUCUUCACCACCAUUAAUCUUUGAUUUUGACUCCCACUGGAUUCCACCCUUUCAACUUGAGAACCUAGGGCUCUCAUUUUCAGGUCCCCACCUCCCUGCAUGGUUAUAUACUCAAAGAUCUAUUCAAGGUUUAUCUAUUUAUGGAUCAUCGUUUCAGGCCCCAGACAAAUUUUGGAAUUUUGUGUCAAGGGUGUCCGAACUUUCUUUAGAAGAUAAUUCGAUAGAUGGGAACCUAUCAAACAUAUUGUUGAACUCUACAGUGGUACGUUUGUCAUCAAAUGGUUUGAAAGGUUCCCUGCCUCGAUUAUCCUCGAAUGUAGCUGUUGUCGGGUUAUCAAACAACUCAUUAUCAGGAAGUAUCUCUCCCCUCUUGUGUGAUCAUAAGAUGCUGAAUGGGAAAAGCAAUUUGGUGUACUUGGAUAUAUCUCUGAAUCAUUUAUCUGGAGGUCUUACAAGUUGCUGGGAGAACUGGAAAUCAUUGAUUCAUGUUAAUUUGGGAAGCAAUAAUUUAACUGGCAAAAUACCCAUAUCAAUGGGUGUGUUAUCUAAUCUUGCCUCGCUACAUCUGCAUGAGAAUAAGCUCUACGGAGAGAUUCCUCCAUCGCUACAAAAUUGCCAUAUACUGAUCUUCAAUAUAACAGAAUCUCAGGACACAUACCCACCUGCCUAA